CAGGGCUUUCACAUAAUUUCUUACGCUCUUGCGAUUUAUCUUCUCAGCCUUUUUAUCUCGUUUAUAUCGCCCAAGGUUGAUCCAGCAUUUGCUGAUAUUUUAGGUAGACGCUUAUUUAUUCUAUCCACCUUAGAUGAAACUCCGACAUUGCCAAGAACUGAGGGCGAUGAGUUCAGACCAUUUAUUCCUAGACUCUUGGAAGCAAAGUUUUGGUGA